AUGACAGGCAACGUCAUACGCAUUGCUCCAAAUGAUCUGAGCUUCUCUGGAGUCAGAUCACUCAGAGACAUAUAUUCCAACUUCGAUAUCAACUCAAACCAUCAAUUCAUCAAAUACGCGACUUUCUAUCGCCAAAGUGACAUAGGGCCAUCGAUCGGCAUGGAAUGCGACCCCAUCAAACACUAUGAAGACCGCAAGGUUCUCUCCACUGGAUUCAGCGCUCCAGCACUGAAAUCUCAAAUGCCGCUGGUCAUCAAGUACGUCGACCAGCUUAUUACCCAAGUUCGAAGGCACGGAUCGUCUCCUGAAGGGAUGAUCGUACCAAAGUGGUUCCUCUGGACUACCUUUGAUAUCAUCAUGGAGCUCGCGUUCGGACAGUCGCUGAGAGUCGUUGAACAAGGCAACAGUCACGUCUGGGUAGACGUCCUGUCGAACUCAGGAUUCCAAGUCGCCUUGGGAUACACCAUGAGGCGACAGCACCCUUCGGUUGUCUGGAGCCUCAAAAAGCUGCUCGUCAACGAGAAGAGUAGACGGUCGAGAGAGCAAUACAUCGCAAUGGCCAGAGCGAUGGCCACCAAGCGACUGAACGACAAGACUUUGGGCCGAGUGGAUCUCUUCGCGCAUUUGCUAGGCGAGAAAGGUCACAACACCACUGUUGACUUUCUGGCUGCUCAGGGCUCGACUCUUGUAGCUGCUGGCUCCGAGACUGCCGCUACGUUCCUGUCUGCUACGAGUUAUUACCUGCUCUCGAACAGCGAGAAGCUAAAUAUCAUGACGACAGAGGUUCGUCAGGCGUACAGUAGUGAUGAUGAGAUUGAUGGAGAGAAUGUGAAAAAGCUCGUGUACAUGAAUGCAGUCAUAGAAGAAGGACUGAGGAUCUUUCCACCGGCUCCGUUUGGGCUUCCUAGGGUGUGCCCAGGAGCUGAGAUUGAUGGUCACUGGGUGCCCAAAGGGACAGUCAUCUCAACAGCAGCACAUGCUACAGCAAAAGAUCCGACCUACUUUUACUUGCCAGAUGAGUUUCACCCUGAACGGUGGCUAAACUCCGAUCAUCCAUUGUAUGAUGCUCGAUUUGCUCGAGAUGUCCAUGAAGCAUCUAAGCCAUUCUCACUUGGACCCAGGUGGUGUAUCGGCUCACAUCUUGCGUAUCAAGAGAUCCGCUUGAUAUUGGCCAAACUGGCGUGGAACUUUGACUGGAAGUUCGGAUCUGCGAAUGAUAUAGAUUUCAAACGAGAUGCACGAUUGCUUGGCUUGUGGAGACCGCCACCUCUCCGGGUCUGCUACACUCCUGUGGUGCGGGAGAACUGA